GUUACAGGAAAACCAGGAGAGCUGAGUUCUGACAUGCGGACCUUGCUGGAGCGCUGCUUGGGAGUAAAAGGAGUUGUCAAAAAGACCAGAAUGCUGUACAUGGUGGAUCAGACAAGAGUGCAUGUUGAUUCCGUUGAGGGCCUUGGGGAUUUCAUGGAGCUUGAGGUUAUGCUUCGUGAUGAUCAGACAUUGGAAGAAGGAGAAAAGAUUGCCCAUGACUUGCGAGAAAAGCUUGGGGUUGGGUUAGAUGACCUGCUCUCAGAGGCUUACAUGGACAUGAUCCUGAAGAAAUAAUGUGAAGAUCAGAAAUUUAUUCUGUGAUACAAUAUUUUAUUUUACAGUAUUUUAAUAUUAAGUGAUUUUUUUU